AGGUUCAGUCCAUGAAGGACAGAAAGGCCCAUACAGAGGAUAAAAGCAGACUGAGUCAUCACAUGAUUGUCGCUCUGCCACAUCUUCUAGCUAAGUUUUCGGCUGAUGCAGACAAAAUGGAAACUGUUUUGAAGGUGGUGGGGUACCUGGAGCUGGAGAUGUAUUGUACUGGUAGACUGGAAAAGUACUUUGAUCUUCUCUUGACCCAAAUACGAGAGAUCCUGGAGAAACACACUGACCCGAAGGUUCUGGAGAGCUGUUCCCGGGCACUCUACACUUUAUCUGACCGCAAACAGACUUUGCACAAGAAGACCGACCUCACGGUCAGCCAGUUGGUGGACGGGCUCAGUGACCACUUCCUAAAAUUGCUCCCAGACAUCCUGCAGGUGUCUGACCUGGAUGAAGACGAUGUCUAUAAUGCUGCUGCCACAAUGAAAAGACUUUCAGCUCUGUAC